AUUGUAUAAACUUAUUCAAAUUGUAAGUUAUAUUUUUAUGAUGCGUAGUGGUUGUACACUAAUAUGAAAUGCUUAUAACAUUCAAGGAGUUGAAAAGUACCUGUUCUAUCAGAAGACUGUAACAUUCCUAUGACGUUGGUUGUUCCAAUUGAGUUAUCAUUGGACUGCACAAACUAUGCAAAAUGAUGAGGCUGCUGGAUAAACAACAGCACUUGGAAUGGCAUCAAAACUUCCAAGUGGACCUAUUCCUCAACUAUGCCAAAUUCCAGGAUAUUUAAAGAAGAUGCUGUAAUAUUCUUUGAUCCUUCCAAUUGUUGCCAUACAUUCUCAUGCCACUUUUGUAGGAACCUGCCAUGCUGUUCUCACUUCUGAGAAUAUGCGGGCCUUCAAGGUUGAACGCUGCCCCUGCUUUCUUCUGUGAAAGGAAAGAGGCAUCGUUUCCCUGAUGGAAAGCUAUGGACAAAUUGGGUUCUGGAUCAUAAUGCUGAAUGUCAUGCCAUCGAUCUACUAAGGCUGCUGCACAUCUGUUCUGCAUACCAGGAACCUUGGGCUGCUAUAAGUAUAGCACCAGAGCCACCAGCUUCAAUACCAUUCAUCAGAAGCCUUCGGUCCUUGGCAUUUUGGAGCUUUUGACUAUUGAGGAUGGGGGCAAUUCUUGAAGGACCAAAGUACGAAUGCUUGCUGUUUGAUCUAGAUGACACUUUGUAUCCCUUCAGUGUUGGCAUCAAUCUAUCUUGUCGCAAAAAUAUACAAGAUUAUAUGCGGCACCAUCUGCAAAUUGAAGAGAGCCAAAUUGCUGAAAUGUGCCUGAACCUGUACAAGGAAUAUGGCACCACAAUGGCUGGCCUUAAGGCAUUAGGCUACGAGUUUGACAAUGAUGAGUUUCAUGCAAAUGUUCAUGGUACCUUGCCAUAUCACAAUCUGAGGCCCGACCCUGUUUUGAAGACCCUCCUACUUUCAAUUCCACAGAGAAAAAUAGUAUUCACAAACUCUGACAAAGCACAUGCGGAGGAGGCUCUGCACAGGCUGGGUUUACAGGGUUGCUUUGAUGGUGUGAUAUGCUUUGAGACACUGAAUCCUUGCAAUGGUUUAAGUCGGUCCCAGAAUUGCAUGCUGUUCAAGGAUGAAACAUCUGCCGACUUGGUUGAUCUGAAUGAAUCAAAUGGGUUCAGACCCAAAUCACCCAUCCUCUGCAAGCCCUCCAUUGAAGCCAUGAAAGCUGCAAUUCAAAUUGCAAAUGUUGAUCCUAAGAAGACAAUAUUUUUUGACGACAGCACUCGGAACAUAGCUUCAGGAAAGGCUGCAGGCUUCCAUACUGUGGUUGUUGGCAGGUGGACACUUGUUCCUGGGGCUGACCAUGCUCUGGAGAGCAUUCAUAACAUCAAGGAAGCUUUGCCCGAUAUAUGGGAUGGUCAAGAUCGGUCUGAAUCUGAUGUUGUUCUUACUUCCAGCUCUAUUGAAACUGCGGUGGUUGCUUGAAUGCGUCACCAUGUGGGUUAUCCAUCCUGUAAUGCCAUGUGUGGACUACUUGGUGUGAUUUUGGAUAGUGGAUGCAGAAGAUGUAUCCUAGCUUCACCAGUGAAGAAAUUGCUGUCAUAGUUCCAACUAUUAAUGGAAUUGUAACAGUUGGAGCACUGUGAGCAUAUGCAGUAAUUCUGCAGAUGUUACUCGCAUUAUUGGUAUACCAUUCUCUAUGUAUCGUGUUUUUACCUCA